GCUCCGCCCGCCCUCCGCGCCGCAGGGGCCGCCACCGCCGCCGCGCCUCCACCGGCGACCGCGCCCCCGAUCCCUGUUCCCCGGCCCGGGACGGAGCGGACGGCGCUUGGCACAGAGAGCAUUGCAGACUCUGACCACUGUCAGGAAUAUCUCCGUGGAUUCCCAGGAAUUGCCAUCGCUGGUUGAAGAGCUGGGGGAAAGGAAAAAAAGAAAGAGAAGGCAUGGGCUUAUUCCACUAGAAGCAAGAUGGCUGAACUCAAUACUCAUGUGAAUGUCAAGGAAAAGAUCUAUGCGGUUCGAUCAGUUGUUCCCAACAAAAGCAAUAAUGAAAUAGUUCUGGUGCUACAGCAGUUUGAUUUUAAUGUAGAUAAAGCAGUGCAGGCCUUCGUGGAUGGCAGUGCAAUUCAAGUUCUAAAAGAAUGGAAUAUGACAGGAAAAAAGAAGAACAAUAAGAGAAAAAGAAGCAAGUCCAAGCAGCAUCAAGGCAACAAAGAUGCUAAAGACAAGGCAGAGAGGCCCGAAGCAGGGUCUGUGCAGCCACCGCCGCCAGAGAUACAGAAUGGCCACGUCAACGGCUGUGAGAAGGACAGCUCAUCCACUGAUUCUGCCAGUGAAAAACCAGCCCUUGCCCCCCGUGAGAAAAAGAUCUCAAUACUCGAGGAACCUUCAAAGGCACUCCGUGGGGUCACAGAAGGCAACAGACCACUGCAACAGAAACUAUCCUUAGAUGGGAACCCCAAACCUAUACAUGGAACACCAGAGGGGUCAGAUGGCCUACACUGGUCAGCUGAGCAGCCUUGUAACCCAAGCAAGCCUAAGGCAAAAACUUCUCCUGUUAAGUCCAAUGCCCCUGCAGCUCAUCUUGAAAUAAAGCCAGAUGAGUUGGCAAAGAAAAGAGGCCCAAAUAUUGAAAAAUCGGUGAAGGAUUUGCAACGCUGCACCGUGUCUCUAACUAGAUAUCGCGUCAUGAUCAAGGAGGAAGUGGAUAGUUCAGUGAAGAAGAUCAAAGCUGCCUUUGCUGAGUUACACAACUGCAUCAUUGACAAAGAAGUUUCAUUAAUGGCAGAAAUGGAUAAAGUUAAAGAAGAAGCCAUGGAAAUCCUGACUGCUCGUCAAAAGAAAGCAGAAGAACUAAAGAGACUUACUGAUCUAGCCAGUCAGAUGGCAGAGAUGCAGCUGGCCGAACUCAGGGCAGAAAUUAAGCACUUUGUCAGCGAGCGUAAAUAUGAUGAAGAGCUUGGGAAAGCUGCCCGGUUCUCCUGUGACAUUGAACAGCUAAAGGCCCAAAUCAUGCUCUGUGGAGAAAUUACACAUCCAAAGAACAACUAUUCCUCAAGAACUCCCUGCAGCUCCCUGCUGCCACUGCUCAACGCUCACGCGACCACCUCUGGGAAACAGAGUAACUUCACCAGAAAAUCAUCCAAUCACAACAAGCCCUCCGAGGGUAAAGCAGCAAACCCCAAACUGGCGAGCAACCUUCCCACCACCGCUGACAGCUCUCACCAGGCUGUGCCGGCUAAUAAGCAGAAUGGGUCUUCUAGCCAAAGACGAAGAUUUAAUCCGCAGUAUCACAACAACAGGCUAAAUGGCUCUGCGAAGCCCCAGGGCAGUGGUAACGAAGCUGAUCCGAUGGGGAAGGGCAACAACCGCCAUGAACACAGAAGACAACCACACAACGGCUUCCGUCCCAAAAACAAAGGCAGCACCAAAAACCAAGAGGCCUCUUUGGGAACCAAGACCCCCGAGGCUGCAGCCCAUCCAGAAAAGCCCCGACGAAGGCAGCACGCUGCAGACAACUCAGAGGCCAGGCCUUUCCGGGGAAACGUCUCUAGGGUUUCACAGUGCAAUCUCUGCCCCACGAGAAUAGAAGUUUCCACAGAUGCCGCGGUUCUCUCCGUCCCAGCUGUGACGUUGGUGGCCUGAGCUAGGAGAGAAAAAAAAAAAAAAGCCGUUUUCAUUCAGUUUCUGUUCCCUGCCCGAGGUGCUGACCCAAUUCGCUGCCAAAAGAGAGUCAAUCCGAAUAUACAAACCCUGUACGGCUGUGUCAUCCUCUCUUAAUCAUUUUUUCUAAUUCUAAUAAUCAGCUCUAGCUUGCUUCAUAACUUUCAUGGCUUUGCUUGAUAUGUUGGCGCUUUUUCUCAUCAAGACUUUGCAGCAUUUUAGCCAGGCAGUAUUUACUCAUUUGUUAGGAAAAUCAAGUUGUGGCUAAAGAUCAGAGGCUCAGUAGCAACCUAUGUUGUAGCAGUGAUGUCAGUCCAUUGAUCGUCUUUAGAGAGUUAAUGUUGAAAACAAAAUUCUUAUUGAUCAGACAAACUUGAUCUGCUGAAGACACGUGCGCUUUUCUAGAGUUUAACAUCUGGUGUUUUUCUGAAAAAUAUAUAUAUACAUAUAUUGCUUUAUUUGAAACAAAUUAAAAUAUGCUGCAUUUGA